AUGGCUUCAAAUGACCUAAAGCUGGAAGAUGAAGCGGUCUGCCAUACCAUUUUAGAUAAAAUCAAUUCUAUUAAUGACCAAGUUAUAACAAAGCCACCAGACAUAAAUGAUUUUACUAUUAUAAAGCCCAUAAGUCGUGGUGCUUUUGGUAAAGUAUUUCUUGCGCACAAAAAAAGUAAUAAGGAUCAAUUGUAUGCAAUCAAAGUAAUGAAAAAGUCUGAAAUGAUCAAUAAAAACAUGGUAACGCAAGUUGUAAACGAAAGAAAUGCUCUAGCUUUGUCAAGAAGUCCUUUCUGUGUUCAUCUGUUCUAUUCACUACAGUCAACUUCGUCAAUUUACUUGGUCAUGGAGUAUAUGGUUGGUGGAGAUUUAAAAUCCCUUCUUGGUGUUUACGGUUUCUUAGAAGAGUCAAUGGCAGUAUUCUAUGUGGCAGAGGUUACCCUUGCAUUAGACUAUUUGCACAAACAUAAUAUAGUGCAUAGAGAUUUGAAACCAGAUAAUAUGCUGAUAUCCAGGAGUGGUCAUGUCAAGCUUACAGAUUUUGGUUUAUCAAAGAUUGAAGUUCACAGAGAUCUCGAGAUAUCAGACUUUGUGAACCGAACUCCUAGUUUAAAUUUAAGAACUCCAGGACAACUGCUGUCACUCACAUCACACCUGUCUUUUGGCUCUGGAGGGGGAGAUAGUACUCAUAAUUCAGUGUCAGUCAUGUCAACAGAUGCCUGUGAGAACCUUCUUGAUGAACUUGAGGAGACUUGCAAACUGAGAGGUUUAUUUGAUGGCGUAAGUGCGCUAGAAACCACACCAAUAUUGGAACAAUCUCAAAUGUCUGGUAUACAUCCAUUCAUAAGUGCUGAAAGUAUAAACUUUGAAGAUUCUCAAGACUCCGGCUCCUACCACACCUGUGAGAGUUCAAAGAACAGUUCCAAAAGCAACAAAUCAACAGACCCAAGCAGUUCUUCAGUAGGUGAAUCUUCAUUGGGAUCACAACAUGAUCAGUCUACUUCUCCACUUUGUAGAGGAAAUUCCCUCAAGAGAAUACCUAGCUUUCGGGCUAAAAAAAGAAAACGAAUAUUGGAUUGCGAAGGCGAAACACCUACGGGCGUGGCAAGUUUAGCAGAAUCAAAGGAAAACCACAGUGGUUUAACACAAGAAAUAAUGGCAUUAGAACUUAGUCAAAAUACGCCUAAGCGUAUAUCCAUACACCCGACCCCUGAUAAACGCAAGAAUCCUAUUAAAGGUGUAUUGAAAAAACGCUGGGUGUCACAAAACGACAGUCACCAUUUCAACGUGGGGGUUAUAUUUUCAACACCAGUGUCGAAUUCAAAUGGAUCAGAAACCAAGAAAACUCUGAAGGAGACUCGUUUCAAUCUGCCUAAAGAUGACCAGCCUGCGUCAGGGACUAAGGAAAAAAUGUUCAUGUUUGGUAAACACAUAUCAACUAGUCUGGAAAUAUUUCCGUCAAGAAGAUUAAGCAAGGGGGAAGGGAGUAUAUCUCCAACAGAAUUGUGUAAGACGCCAAUAGCUACAGCUCAUACACCUUACAGGACACCAAAAAGCGUAAGAAGAGGAAACCUGAUAUCUGAUCAAAGGAUUUUGGGUACACCUGACUAUUUAGCGCCAGAGUUACUAUUGAGGCAAGGACAUGGCCCUGCAGUGGAUUGGUGGGCACUGGGUGUGUGCCUCUACGAGUUUAUGACUGGUGUUCCACCUUUCAACGAUGAAACUCCUCAAGCUGUUUUCAAUAAUAUAUUAGCUCGAAAUAUUGAGUGGCCGGAAGACGAUGAAGCCUUGUCUACAGAAGCUGUGAGUGCGAUUGAGUCUUUGUUGACGAUGGAGCCGAGCGAUCGGCCGUCGGCCAGCGCAGUGCAAGCCAUGGAACUAUUCCGCAACAUUGACUGGAAUAACCAGUUAAAUGUUGAACCACCUUUUGUUCCUACACUGACCGAUGUGCAUGAUACUGGCUAUUUUCAAGCACGCAACAUACUCCAACAGCUACAUGUGUCUAAUUUUGAUAUAUAA